AUGGCGGUGUGGACGCGCGCCGCCAAGGCGGGGCUGCUGGAGCUGCUGCUGCGGGAGCGCUGGGUGCGGGUGGCGGCGGAGCUGAGCGGCGAGGCGCUGAGCCUCACCUCGGAGCCGCCGCCCGAGCCCGCGGGGCCGCCCAACGGGCUGCCCAACGGCGCCGAGUGGGGCGCGGCGGGGGGCGGCCCGGAGCCCCGCCCGCUCUCGCCGCCCCCGGCCGAGCCGGCGCCGCCGGGCGUGCGGCGGGUGCGGGUGGUGAAGGCCGAGGCGGGCGGGCUGGGCAUCAGCAUCAAGGGCGGGCGCGAGAACCGCAUGCCCGUGCUCAUCUCCCGCAUCUUCCCGGGGCUGGCGGCCGAGCGCUGCGGCGCCCUGCGGCUCGGGGACGCCAUCCUCUCGGUGAACGGCACCGACCUGCGCGACGCCACCCACGACCAGGCCGUGCAGGCGCUGAAGCGGGCCGGCCGCGAGGUGCUGCUGGAAGUGAAGUUCAUGCGGGAAGUGACUCCCUACAUUAAGAAGCCGUCGCUGGUGUCAGACCUCCCGUGGGACGGGGCAGCUCCCCAGUCACCGAGCCUGAGUGGCAGUGAGGACUCCGGCUCCCCGAAGCACUACAAUGGCACCAAAGACAGGAAGGUGAUCCCUCUGAAAAUGUGCUUCGCCGCCAGGAACUUGAGCAUGCCGGACCUGGAGAACAGGUUGAUAGAGCUGCACUCACCAGACAGCAGAAACACCCUGAUCCUGCGGUGCAAAGACACAGCGACAGCACACUCCUGGUUCACGGCCAUCCACACCAACAUCAUGGCCCUCCUCCCUCAGGUGCUGGCUGAACUCAAUGCCAUGCUAGGUGCCAACAAUGCCACAGGAAGUAGCAAGGAGGUCAAACACAUCGCUUGGCUGGCGGAACAGGCUAGACUAGAUGGAGGAAGGCAGCAGUGGCGGCCCAUCCUCAUGGCUAUGACAGAGAAGGACUUGCUGCUCUAUGAUUGUAUGCCCUGGACAAGAGACGCAUGGGCAUCACCUUGCCAUAGCUACCCUCUUGUUGCUACCAGGCUGGUUCACUCUGGCUCCGGGCGCAGAUCACCUUCUCCGGGAUCCGAGCUCACCUUUGCAACGAGGACAGGCUCUCGCCAGGGCAUUGAAAUGCACGUUUUCAGGGUGGAGACGCAUCGGGACCUCUCCUCCUGGACCAGGAUGCUAGUUCAGGGCUGCCAUGCUGCUGCGGAGCUGAUAAAGGAGGUGUCCGUAGGCUGCAUGUUGAAUGGCCAGGAGGUGAAGCUCACAGUCCAUUAUGAAAAUGGAUUCACUCUCUCCAGGGAGGAGGCAGGCUCCAGUCGCACCCUGUUCCUCUACCCCUUUGAGAAGCUUAGAGUGUCUGCAGAUGAUGGCAUCAGGAACCUCUACUUGGAUUUUGGUGGCCCUGAGGGGGAGCUGACCCUGGACCUGCACUCCUGUCCCAAACCCAUUGUUUUUGUGUUGCACACUUUCUUGUCAGCCAAAGUCACCCGUAUGGGACUGCUUGUGUAAGAGGUGAAGGGUCCCAACAGCUCCGAACAACACAUCUACUGUCCCAGCAGCAAAAAAGCACAAAAGACCCUAGUUUGUGGUGUCCUCCUGCAGUACCAGUGCCUUGACAAAGACUGUCUCAUGCCAGAACCAUGACAGUGUGGAAGGAAGCUCCUGCCCUCCUCAGAGCCAUAGCCAGAAACUCCAUCCUCUCCACAAUCCCCUGGAAUAACUGCUCCACCUGCCUAGAAAAUGCUGAGGCCAGGCUGCUGCUGGUAGCUGAAGUGGUUCUCGCAUUCUCCCUUUCCAGCCACUUCCUGGCUGCUGGCAAUUUCAGACAUUCUUCUUCCUGACACCCCUGGGAUUCGAUUGUCGCCCUGAAGACUCGACGUAAAGCCGAGCAUCCGGCACUCAUCUGUUGCAAGAAGAGCCAUUGGCAUGGGGCUGUGAGGGGGGAGCUGGUUAGGGUAGGAACUGUAAUCAAUCCGUAUGACGUCUUUUUUUAUUGCUUACCAACUGUGCCUUCGGCGUAAGGUGGGUGGGGCUUUACUGGAGCUGGGGAUGAGGAGACUGGGAGUUCAGCACUGGUCGCUCUGGACGAGCAUUCCAUGAGCCCCCGCCCUCGGCUCGUUCCAAGCUGCCCGGCCUCCCCUGGGAGAAGUGAACUGUUGCAAAGAUGGACUUGCGGCUGUGCGGCAACUCUCAUGGGGUCAUGUAGGCGAGGCUGAGUUUGCUGAG